UAGUUUCAUAGGGUUUCAUAUCUCUGCUCAGAGGUGUGACUGUAACCUUACGUCCUUACUAUCAUCAUAUAUAGUAUAGUGGUGACAGAUAUUAAUUUUUUAUAAUAAAAAAAAAGAAAGUACUGUAAUAAAACAGAUUUUUUGUAAUAAAUAAAGAUAAUUUACAUUAUCCAACAUGUUUAGUUGGUUGAAUCGUGAAGACAGUGGAAAGCAAGAUCUCUUUGAAAAUGUAACUGAGGGUUUAAAGAAAAUUUAUAAAUCAAAAUUACUGCCACUUGAACAAUUUUAUCAAUUUCAUGAUUUUCAUUCACCGCAAUUGGACGAUCCGGAUUUUGAUGCAAAACCAAUGAUAUUGUUGGUUGGUCAAUAUUCAACGGGAAAAACAACAUUUAUUAAAUAUUUACUUGAAAGAGAAUUUCCUGGUAUUCGAAUUGGACCAGAACCAACGACUGAUAGAUUUAUUGCUGUUAUGUUUGAUGAAAAAGAGGGUGUAAUUCCUGGUAAUGCACUCGUUGUCGAUCCAAAUAAACAAUUUCGACCACUUUCAAAAUUUGGAAAUGCAUUUUUAAAUCGAUUUCAAUGUUCAACUGUAACAUCACCAGUUCUCAAGGGUAUAUCUAUUGUUGAUACACCCGGUAUUCUUUCGGGUGAAAAACAAAGGGUGGAUAGAGGUUACGAUUUCACGGGAGUUUUAGAAUGGUUCGCCGAAAGAGUUGACAGAAUUAUUUUACUUUUUGAUGCUCACAAAUUGGAUAUAUCAGACGAAUUUCGUCGUUCAAUUGAAGCAUUAAGGGGACACGAUGAUAAAAUAAGAAUUGUUUUAAAUAAAGCCGAUAUGAUUGAUCAUCAACAAUUAAUGAGAGUAUACGGUGCAUUGAUGUGGUCAUUGGGAAAAGUUUUACAAACACCUGAAGUUGCAAGAGUUUACAUUGGAUCAUUUUGGGACCAACCACUCAGAUACGACGUUAAUAGAAGAUUAUUUGAAGAUGAAGAACAAGAUCUUUUUAAAGACAUGCAAUCACUGCCAAGAAAUGCUGCACUUAGAAAAUUAAAUGAUUUGAUUAAAAGAGCGCGUUUAGCAAAAGUUCAUGCCUAUAUAAUAAGUGCCUUAAGAAAAGAUAUGCCAAGUGUUUUUGGUAAGGAUACAAAAAAAAAGGAAUUGAUAAAAAAUCUUGGACAAAUUUACGAUCAAAUACAACGUGAACAACAAAUUUCGCCGGGCGAUUUUCCUGAUUUAAAGAAAAUGCAAGAAAAUCUUGCACAUCAUGAUUUUACAAAAUUCAAUCCAAUUAAACCAAGACUCUUAGAGGUUGUUGAUAAAAUGUUGGCUGAAGAUAUUGCAAAAUUAAUGGCAAUGAUUCCACAUGAGGAAUCUGUAUCACAAUCGGAACCACUUAUUAAGGGUGGUGCUUUCGAAGGAGUUGAGGAUCAAAUUAGUCCAUUUGGUUAUAAAAGAGGCGAGGGAAUCGAUGCAGGUGCUGGCGAAUCAGAAUGGAUUGUCAAUAAAGAGAGAUAUAAAUACGAUUCUGUAUUUGAUUCACUUGGACCUUCCGAUGGUAAAAUAACAGGCGCAGCUGCCAAAUUGGAAAUGGUAAAAUCAAAACUUCCCAAUAGUGUAUUGGGAAAAAUUUGGAAACUUUCUGAUAUUGAUAAAGAUGGAUAUCUUGAUGGAGAUGAAUUUGCCCUUGCAAUGCAUUUGAUUAAUGUUAAAUUAGAAGGUUACGAUCUCCCAUCAGAAUUGCCGGAACACUUAAUACCACCAACAAAACGCGAUUUAUGAAAUGUAAACAUUUUUAAAAAUCAUUUCUAGGCAAUGUACUGAAAGGGAAAAAAAAUAUUUUUCAAUUUUGCAAUUCAAAAUUGCGAUAUAUUUGAUACGUAUACACAUAUAUAUUAAAAAAAAAGAAUAUAUAUAUAUAUAUAUUAAACUUUUCUAUUAUUGAAAGCACUAAAUUUUCUUUAUUAAAUUAGUUUAAUUUCCAAAAAGAAAUUAUUUUCAAUUUAUAAUCGUAACUUGUAAAUAAUCUCAUAUUUAAAACAAAAAGUGCUUUAUUAUUUAUAUUAAUAGAUAUAAGUAAAUUGGAAAUGAUUUAAUUUAUAUGAAAAUUACAAAUAAUUUAUUAGUUAAUUUUUUUAUAGUAUAAUACAGAAUUUCUUUCGUAUAAAAAUUACACAUUAACACACUUUUUUUUUUCAAGUAUCUAAAAAAGGUUUUUCAUUUUGAGAAUUUUAAUUUAAAAGCAAAUAUAAAGAUAUAGCAAUAGUAUAUAUUAAUUUUAAUCCUUUAUAUUAUAUAGAUAAAAGAAUACACAAAUGUUUUCUAAACAUGAAAGUAUCUACGCAUUUACGCAUAAAAUAGCAUAAUACUAACACGCACAGUUUCCAUAAAUUAUUAAUUUAUAACAGUAAAAAUAAAGGGCAUUUUCUGCAUUUUUCUUUUUAUUAUACGUUUUUUGCUUCCUCGUGAAGGAAGCUUUGUAGUCCUUUCGUUUGUAAAAAUUUUCCAAUAUAAUUGUAAAUAAUUAUAAAUUAUAUAUUAUUUUUCAUUAAUAUUUAGAAAUUUCGGUUAAAAUAUGAAUUUUUGAUUUUUUAACUUCCAUUAAUUUUUUAAAUUUUACUCCAAAUGUAUAGGUACUCUAAUGUUUAUAUUAUUAUAUUAU